AUGGUAGUUUGUAGAGCAUGUAAUUUAGAUAGUUCAGCAACUGCAGAGUGGGUUUUAUUUGAUGACAACAUAAUGCUAUACUUUAAUCUUCUUACCAAUUUAAAUGUACAUAUAGAUGAUGGAUUGACACAACAUUUGUGUGAAACAUGUAAUAAUAUAAUUCAUCACUUUAUGGAAUUCCGUGUUAGGUGCAUUUCUGUUGAUUUUAGCCUACGAAAUAACUUAAUUUGUAAGGUGAAAAGUGAAUUGGAUAUAAUUAAUGAUGUCAAGCAGGAGAAUUUGGAUUAUGAUGGAGACAAAGCAAACUAUGAUGACUACACUGGAUUAGGACAAAAUGAUGAAGUGUACAAAGAAGAAACAGUUGAUGAUCAAAACUCGCAGUAUACAAGACCAAGAACAUUCAAGACUGUUAAACAACAGCAUUCAAUAAAGUACAAUACCAAGGCAGCAAAGCAAACCGAGCAAACAACCAAAUGCAAAGUCAAAUGUAAUACAAAAGGAUAUAGUUGUGGUUUAUGCUUAGAAAGUUUUAAGCAUGAUUUAGCACUUAAAAAUCAUUUAGAUAUGCAUAAAAUUAACAAUAACUGCUCUAUAUGCAAUAAAAAAUUUACAAACCAAUAUCAAACUUUAGCACAUAGAAUAAUACAUUUACCCAGCGAUGAAAGAAACUGUUAUAUGUGUCAUAAAAAGUUCCAUAAAGAACAUUACCUUGAAUACCAUUAUAAGAAAUACCAUUCUAAUGAAGCUAAUACCAAUAUUGAAUGUAAACAAUGCAAACGCGAAUUUCGUAAUCCAAAAAACUUGACAAGACAUCUGUUGAAUGCUCAUAGUGAUACAAGAGAAAUAAUGAUUUGUGAUUUCUGUAAAAAAAUAUACAACAGCAAAUAUAGAUUAAUUUUACACAUUAAUAUGCAUUUAAAUAGACGGCAAUGGAAAUGCAAGAAAUGUGAAUUUUCAACUAACUUUCGGUCCUCUCUUCGGGUGCAUAUUAUUAAUAGACAUACAAUAGGAAAGGUAAUUUGUAAAAUUUGCUCGAAAGCUUUCCCAACUCAAGAACACUUUGAAAAACACAAAUGUAAACCGCGGGAUGGCGACGAUAUUUGCCCCAUUUGCGGGAAAUCCGGCAUUAAAAGACUGCAAAGACAUAUACACAGCCACACUACGGAUCGAAAAUUUAAAUGCGACCGUUGUCCCGCCGCAUAUAAAUCCCGAACUGCACUUCGUGUCCAUAUUGAUUCUCAUGAUGGUUUACGACGGCUUAAAUGCGAAUACUGUCCGAUGACAUUUCGCAGUGGUCCAGUUCUCAUUAAGCAUAGACGUACGCACACAGGUGAGAAACCGUUUGUGUGUAAAAUCUGUCAAAAAGGCUUCACUGGUAACUAUAACCUCAAAGUGCAUAUGAAAGUUCACGGUAUUACAAACUUGAUUGUCAAAAAAAACCAAGACGGACAAAUUGCAAAAGAAUCAAAUUCAUUUUCUUUUACAUGA